CAGAACCGAUUAAAAGCAUCUAAUUAGCCAUCUCUCUCAAGAGUUACAGUAUUACAAACAAAUACAAAAAAAAUGGAUGGCGAGGAACAUCAAAUAAAUGAUGAAAUUAAUAACCAUGACCAUGAGCAGAAGUUGAAAGAGAAAAAGAAAUCAUGGGGAAAACUGUUUCGGCCCGAUUCCUUCAGCAUAGAGGCCGGAAAAACUCCAACCAAUACUCGUCAUCCUUCAUUGAUGAGCUGGAGAACGACGAUGAGUUUGGCAUUCCAGAGCCUAGGAGUGGUGUACGGAGACAUCGGGACAUCACCGCUAUAUGUGUAUGCAAGUACUUUCACUGAAGGUAUCCAUGAAAAAGAUGAUAUCAUCGGCGUUCUCUCGCUCAUCAUCUACACUCUCACCCUUGUCGCACUUCUCAAAUAUGUUUUUAUUGUCCUUCAGGCUAACGAUAACGGAGAAGGAGGAACAUUUGCACUGUACUCGUUGAUAUGUCGGUAUGCAAAAACAGGACUUAUCCCAAACCAAGAGCCAGAAGAUAGAGAACUCUCAAACUAUACACUUGAACUUCCAAACACACAGCACAGAAGAGCCCAUAAGAUCAAAGAGAAGCUCGAGAAUUUCAAAUUCUCUAAGAUCACACUCUUCCUUGUCACUAUUAUGGGCACCUCCAUGGUCAUUGGUGAUGGUAUUCUUACUCCUUCAAUCUCAGUACUUUCAGCAGUAAGCGGAAUCAAAUCUCUCGGACAAAACACGGUCGUUGGUGUUUCAGUUGCAAUCUUAAUUCUGCUAUUCGCAUUUCAGCGGUUUGGAACGGAUAAAGUUGGAUUCUCGUUUGCCCCGAUCAUCCUUCUAUGGUUCACAUUUCUGACCGGAAUUGGUCUCGCUAAUCUGUUCACGCAUGGCUUUACCGUCCUAAAAGCACUUAAUCCACUCUAUAUUAUUCACUACUUUACAAGAAACGGUAGAGAGGGUUGGAUUUCCCUCGGAGGUGUCUUCCUCUGCAUCACUGGGACGGAGGCCAUGUUUGCUGACCUAGGUCAUUUCAGUGUUCGAGCCGUACAGAUUAGUUUCUCAUGUAUCGCAUAUCCAGCGCUGUUAACAAUAUAUUGUGGGCAGGCUGCCUACCUGACCAAAAAUACUUCGAACGUUUCAAAUACUUUCUAUGACUCUAUCCCAGAUCCGUUUUACUGGCCAACAUUUGUGGUGGCGGUGGCAGCAUCGAUUAUAGCAAGCCAAGCUAUGAUAUCCGGUGCCUUCUCAGUCAUCUCGCAGUCUCUACGUAUGGGUUGUUUCCCUCGAGUUAAAGUGGUUCACACGUCGGCUAAGUACGAGGGACAAGUAUACAUCCCCGAGAUCAACUACUUCCUCAUGCUCGCAUGUGUGGCUGUUACUCUCGCCUUCAGGACCACCGAGAAGAUAGGACACGCUUAUGGAAUCGCUGUGGUAACCGUCAUGGUCAUCACGACCUUCAUGGUGACUCUCAUAAUGCUUGUUAUUUGGAAGACCAAUAUAGUGUGGAUCACUAUGUUCUUGAUCAUCUUUGGCUCCAUAGAGAUGUUAUACCUUUCUUCGGUUAUGUACAAGUUCACGAGCGGUGGUUAUCUACCGCUUGCAAUAACGGUGGUUUUGAUGGCAGUAAUGGCGAUUUGGCAAUACGUUCACGUCCUCAAGUACCGGUACGAACUUAGGGAGAAGAUUUCUGGUGAAACCGCUAUACAAAUGGCUACGAGUCCUGACAUAAACCGUGUUCCGGGCAUUGCUCUAUUCUACACGGAGCUUGUUCACGGCAUAACUCCGUUGUACUCUCACUAUAUCUCAAAUCUUUCUUCGGUCCAUACGGUUUUCGUCUUGAUAUCCAUCAAGUCACUUCCCGUGAGCCGUGUGACACCAUCAGAACGAUUCUUUUUCCGUUACGUGGAGCCCAAGGAUUUCGGGAUGUUUCGAUGUGUUGUGAGGUAUGGUUACAAGGAAGACAUCGAAGAGCCAGAUGAGUUCGAGCGUCAGUUUGUUCAUUACUUAAAGGAGUUCAUCCAUCACGAGUACUUCAUUUCCGGAGGAGAAGUGGAAGAGGCGGAGAAAGAGGAGGAAACAAAUGUUCAGACUACACUUGUGCCUUUGUCUAACUCAGUCCCUUCCUCCGGGCGGAUCGGGUCCGUGCAUUCAUCUUCCUCAGACAAGAUUAGGUCGGGAAGGGUCGUGCAAGUGCAAUCCGUGGAGAAUCAGAAGGAUUUGGUGGAGAAAGCUAGAGAGAAAGGAAUGGUUUAUCUAAUGGGAGAGACUGAAAUUACGGCGGAUAAGGAUUCUUCUCUGUUUAAGAAGUUUAUAGUGAACCACGCUUACAAUUUCUUGAAGAAAAAUUGCCGAGAAGGAGACAAAGCACUUGCGAUUCCAAGGUCAAAGCUUCUUAAGGUUGGCAUGACUUAUGAGCUGUAAGAUUCGCUAACUCGUCUAUUUUCUUUAUGUGUUUGUCUGUGUGAUUUAUACGUGUGGUUUAAGUUCAGUGUGACUUAAAUUCUCCAUGUAACCAUGUUUCAGCGACCUUGGUUUGUUUUAUUUUUCUUUUAAUUAUGGUAUGUGUAUGGUGAAUCCUUUGGUUUGUGAAUGUGACUGUAUUU